UUCAUCAUUUCGCUCCCCACAUUCGUCAUGCUCGCUUCGGCCUCUCUGACAUAUAACCCUCUGCCCAUUGGCCACUUCCAACAAUCCAGUUGAUCAUCGAUACUCUAUAUUCUAUAUUCUAUACUUCCAUCGGAGUCUCAUCUCUUUGAGCCAUCCUGUAACAAGUACUACAACGCCCUCAUGGCCUCCGCCACAGGCAUCCCCCAGCUGCAUCCCGACAGCAUCGAUUCCCGCGAGGAUUCUCCGCUGCUGUCCACUCCCGGCAAUGGGCCUCAGUCCGACGACGACAAUGCUUCUCUGUAUCCCAACCUCUACAGAGGCACUGCCCUCGCUGCCCAAGUAGGCAUCCUGCUGAUCACCAUCCUCGUCUGGACCGGCAUCCUCUCGCAUCCGCUCAUCUUCUUCUCCCCGCACCCCCUCCUCAACUCCGCCGCCCUCCUCCUCCAAAUCCAAGCCGCCCUCAUCCUCCAACCGACCGCCACCGCCGCCCAGAAACGCCGCGGCACCGUGGUCCACUACACCAUCCAAGCCCUGAGCGUGCUGGGCUUCCUGGCCGCCUUCCUCAUCAUCGAGAUCAACAAGGGCGACCACGCCCGGCUCACCUCCCCGCACGGCGUGUUGGGGCUGAUCACCUACAUCGUGAUCAUCCUGCAGGCGGCCGGCGGCGUGGUGCAGUACUUCCUGCCCCGACAGGUCCUGGGCAGUGUCGACCGCGGCAAGACGCUGUACAAGUACCACCGCCAGUCCGGGUAUCUGCUGCUGGUGCUGGAGUUGGCGACGGUGGCUGCGGCGACGCAGACCACGUACAACGUCAAUGUGUUGGAUAUUCCGCUGUGGGGGGUGCUGAUCGGGGCGGUUUUGGUGAUGGUUGGCGUGGGGCCGAGGAUUCGGAAGCAUAAAUUGGGAUCCCUCACGCGCCGCACCUUCUCCUCCUCCGCCCGCCGCCGCUCCCAGCUUGUCCGACCGCCGACCGCGCCCAAGCCCACCCCCGACGUGAAGCACAUCCGCAAAAACCCCGAGCUAUACGCCCAGAACUGUCGCGACCGCAACUACCCCGCUCACGCGCAACACCCCUCCACCAUCCAGCAGCUGUACGACGAGAUCGGCGAGAUCGACGUCAACCUCCGGAACCCACGGUCCCAGAUCAAGAAACUCGAGAAAGCCAUCGCGGAGCUCGCCGCCGCCCAAGCAAAGCACCCGGACGAUGCCACCCCCACCGCCGAGCCCAGCAUCUCCCAAUUGCGCGCCGAAGCGACCCGCCUGAGAAGCGAGUCCCAGGCCCAGCUCACGCGGCAACAGACCUGCGAUGAAGAGAUGCAGCGGCUGGCGCUCUCCCUACCGAACCUGUCCUCGGCCGACACGCCCGUCGGCGACGCCCCGACGCUCAUCUCCUACCUCAACUUCGACCCGGCCUCCCCGCUGCCCGACUGGGCCUCCAAGCCCGACCCGACGCGGUCGCACGUCCACAUCGGCACCACGCUGGGCCUCCUCGACUUCACCAGCUCGGCCACCACCACGGGCUGGGGCUGGUACUUCCUCACCAACGAGGGCGCGCUCCUGGAGCAGGCGCUCAUCCAGUACGCGCUGACCGUGGCGCGCCGCCACGGCUGGAAGCCCGUCGCCCCGCCCUCGAUCGUCUACUCGCACAUCGCCGACGCCUGCGGCUUCCAGCCGCGCGACCAGCACAACGAGCAGCAGAUCUUCACCCUCGAGCAGGCCGACAAGGACGGCGCGAGACCGCAGCGCGCCCUCGCCGGCACCGCCGAGAUCCCGCUGGCCGCCAUGCACGCCGGCCGCACCUUCGACUCCGCCGACCUGCCGCUCAAGCUGGUCGGCCCCAGCCGCUGCUACCGCGCCGAGGCCGGCUCCCGCGGCGUCGACACCAAGGGCCUGUACCGCGUCCACGAAUUCACCAAGGUCGAGAUGUUCGCGUGGGCCGACUCGCUCGGAUCCGCGACCUCGUCCGACGACCUCUUCGCCGAGCUGCUGACCAUCCAGACCGAAAUCCUGCAGGCCCUGGGCCUGCCCGCCCGCGUCCUGGAGAUGCCCACCUUCGAUCUGGGCGCCAGCGCCAGCCGCAAGCGCGACAUCGAGGUCCUGUUCCCCUCGCGGCUGCGCAGUGUCCCGGCCACCGCGCCGACCGCGAAUGCGGUCGCCGACGCAGCCGCGCAGCUCGAAUCCGCCUGGGGCGAGGUCACCUCCGCCUCCAUCUGCACGGACUACCAGAGCCGCCGCCUCGCGACCCGCGUGCGCGACGGCAAGGCCCAGAAACCCAAGGGCCCCACGCGCUUCGCGCACACCGUCAACGGCACGGCCAUGGCGGUCCCGCGCGUGCUGGCCGCCAUCCUGGAGCACGGCUGGGACCCCGCGCGGGAGGUGGUGGUCGUGCCGGCGGUGCUGCGCGGGUGGAUGGGCGGAAUUGAGGUCAUCGGGAAGCAGAAGUGAUGUCGAGGUGAUGUUUGGGUAGAUGGUAUACCUACAGCUCUGAGAGCUGUGCGGUGAGAACUGGAAUGUAUGAUUAUGUUACGUGUAUUGUGAGGAUCCCUCUCUCUUUCUCUCCUCUUCCAUGGCUACACAGGAAGGAGUCUAUGCUCUGCUCUAUACAAGGGGGUUGUGAUUAUAUUACAAUGUACGAUAAAUGACGCUUAGACGAGUG